AUGAAAGAAAAGAAAACUAUAAGUAAUCCUAUGGAAAUUAUUAAAGAUACUCGUGAAUAUUUUUAUGGUGGUAGUAUUUCUGCUAUUGAAUAUGCAUUUAUUAUCAAAUCACUUAUGCCAUAUUUUAUGGAAAAAAAUAUGCUUCUUGAUUUAAUUAACCAUGGUUUAGAAUUUAAUGAGCAAUAUAAAAAAUAUAAAUACAAGUAUGAUUCACGUAUUAUUUAUAAGGAUGAAAAAGUUAAAUAUUUUAUCAGAUUUGUUAAUAUGAUUGAUCGUGGAAAAUUAAGAUAUCUUUAUGAUAAAUUUAUCAUAACAAAAAAAAUUGAUAAAAAAUAUAUUACCAAAAAAUGUUCCCGUUUUUAUGCUAUACUUCAAACUCCUAAUAAAACCAAAAUACGUCAUCCAGAAUUACCAUGUUAUGAUAAGCAUUCAAUAAAUAUUGGUGGAAAAGAAUGUAAGCAUAUUGAUAGAUUUAUUAAUGCUAAUGAAAUGAUCUACAAAUAUGGUAAUGGUAAAGAAAGAAAAAUUAUCAUGUGUCAGGCACCUGUAAGAGCAACUGUUGAUGAUACAUUUGAUAUGUUUUAUAGAUAUCGUGUUAAAGUUGUUAUUUUACUUGUAAGUAAAGAAGAAAUUGAUGUUUUAGAUAAAUGUCAUUUCAAAUCAUAUCCUGAUAUCAAUAAAUUUGUUCAAUCAGCUAAUUAUGUUCUUAUAAAUAGAACUACUAUUAUUGAUAAAAAUAGUUGCUUCUUUGAACAUGAUUGUGAGCUUCAACAUAUAGCCACGAAAAAAACAUUACUUCUAAAAUUAAUUCAAUAUAUGGAUUGGCCUAAUAAAAAUAUACCUGUUGAUAGAAAAACACUAUAUGGAUUAUAUAAAAGAGCUGUUGAAAUAUGUAAAAAUGACUAUUUGGUAAUACAGUGUAGUUCAGGUGUUGGAAGAUCUGGUACACUUGCAAUGAUCAUCCACAUGAUUGAUACAAUCGACAAGGAAAACCCAUUUGAUCCCUUCAAAAGUUUGGACUUCAUAAGACAACAUCGUUAUAAAGGAGUCCAAACUAUAAGUCAAUUUUUCCUUGCUCUUUGUAUUCUUUAUCAACAUUUUGAAGAUGACAUUAAAUUUGUUGAUAAAAAAUUAUAUGACCAAUUUAUGGAAUUGGCACAAAUUGUCUUUGAUGGAGAAAAAUUAAGCUACUGUUGA